AGAAAUCCACUUUAAAAAUUCAGUAGCUGUUUGAUAAUUGCGGCACUAGGUUCUUUAACGUUUUACGAGAAAAAUGUUUAGAAGUGGUUAUAGUAAACCACUUGUGGCUCUAGUACUUCUGGUUAAUUUAACUUUAGCAGCCGUUGUUGUACCCAAGGAUCAGGAAGAGCAGCCUAUGCGUUAUGAUAACUACAAAGUUUAUAAAGUAAAAAUUGAUAAUGUUGAACAAUAUAAUCAAGUGAUGGCUCUAGAAGGUGAAUUGGAGCUGGAUUUUUGGAAUGACGUUCAUAAUUUUGGCGAAUCGUUUGAUAUUAUGGUUAAACCUGAUUUACAGCAGAAAUUUGAAGAGAUUUUAGUGCAAAGUAACAUUGUUUAUGAAAUUAAAAUUCAAAAUGUUCAAAGUCUAAUCGAUAACGAACAACCAAAAACUAGAUCUUCCACGGGCAUGGAUUGGGAAAAUUUCCACACUCUCGAUGAAAUCUAUGAAUGGUUAGAUAUGAUUGCUGAACGUUAUCCCGAUAUUGUAACACCCUUCGAUAUUGGUUAUUCCUAUGAGGGACGUUUAAUUAAAGGUAUAAAAAUCUCCUAUAAACCGGGUAACAAGGCUGUAUUCAUAGAAUCCAAUAUACAUGCUAGAGAAUGGAUUACUUCUGCCACGAUUACCUACAUUAUUGAUGAGUUAUUGGUACCACGUAAUCCUGGUGUAAGAAAAAUUGCCGAAAGUGUUGACUGGUAUAUACCAGUAUUAAAUGUUGGGUUUGUGUACUCACAUGAAGUGAAUCGUAUGUGGCGUAAAUCUAGAUUGCCCUCUGAUCCUACCGGCAAAUGUAUUGGCACCGAUCUGAAUCGUAAUUUCGAUUUCUUAUGGAUGUUAACUGGUGCCUCUUCGGAUCCUUGUUCCGAAACCUAUGCUGGUCCUUCGGCCGAAUCUGACCAGGAAAUCAAACAAAUGUUGCAAUUUAUUAACAAUACCAUACCCGAAGAUACCAUUAAGAUUUAUUCGUUGCACUCCUAUGGCCAAUACGUUUUAUCACCCUGGGGCCAUACUGAUACCGAAUUCCCUGAGCAUUACGAACAAAUGAUGCAUGUUGCCAAGGGUUAUGCUGAUGCUUUAUAUCGUAGAUAUAAAACCGUUUUCACUUAUGGUUCAAGUGCUACUACUUUAUACAAAGUUUCGGGCUCCGGAAAGGAGUGGGCUUAUGGCGUAAAAGGUAUUCCUAUUCCUUACACCAUAGAACUGCGUGAUAAGGGUGAAUAUGGUUUCGUUCUACCUCCAGAAAUGAUUCUGCCAGUAGCUAAAGAAGUUUUAGAUGGUUUUGUAGGCAUGAUUAAUGCAGCACAGGAGAUUAAUAUUGUAUAAUUUAAAUGGCUUAAUAUUAUGUACUAUUUUAUAAUAAAACGAAUUUGAAAAUUA